AUGCCGGAUUGGAGAUACAACGUGCUAUCGACGAGUGAGGCGUACAUAAAUGCGGAGGGUUUGUCUGGCGACCCUCUUGCGGCCAGUUAUCCUCGUCGUGCUGACCGCACUCGGCCACCUCACACGUGCCCUUACACCACCAUUUUCCUCGGUGCUCGCUCAAAUCAACCUCCAUAUAGACUUGCUGCUGUACAAAAUGACUCUGUAGAUCCUUAUGUUGAUGCAUAUUCGGUGGAUCGGUCGUCAAAUCUUACAGAUACUUCGAGUUUUGCUCGUUAUGAGGACUGUCGAACACAUGCAGAAGAAAUUUCUCCAGAAGAAGACUUUAUUACCGAUAAGGUUGAUAACAAUGUGACGCUACAAGUUCAGAAAGUGCCAUACAGUUCGGGUGUUUUCUUUAUUUCUACUAAAAAUGAUAAUUUUCAAAAUGAAGUACCAAAUAGUAAUUUAUUUUUGCUCGAUGGGUCAGAGUCAGAUGCACUAUCAUCGUGCACAUGCGACAGUUUUGAGCGUUGCGAGUUUGACUGUAGAGACUUUGAACCGUUUUCUGACACCUGUUGUUGCGACCCCCUGAGUGAUGGUGUGUGCAGUAGAAGUCCCAAAGAUGUGGAUUCUCCGGAUUUUUAUAAUAAAGUGGUGGAGGAAGAUUGUGUGUCGGCGCGGAGUGACAUGGACGGCCUGGAUCUCGCUUUAUUUGAGCCAGCACAAGCUGAAUCAAAUGAAUAUGGAACGGAUUCCUCUGAACAAAAUACCGUGCCCGCUGCAGCGGCUCUAUGUGGAAUUCUUUACUCAGUACCGGAUAAUAGUGGCGUGAUUAGGAGUACAGUGAACCGCGUGCUGGUACAACUUAGCCCGCACGCCGCCGAACAGAUGGGCGUCGUGUGGUCUAUGUCAUUUGUAUCCGAUACGAGCAACGGUGGAACAAAAUUACAGUCAUAUCAAUCAUAA